CUGAAAUAAGAUCUUGUUCAUAUACCAAUCCUGAUAAAACAUGUCUUCACCUAGACGACGAAUUGAAACUGAUGUUAUGAAAUUGUGAGUAAAAUGUUCCCUGUUCCCUGACGAAUUUCGACUGGCACCCAAAGGGCAGACCAAUCAUGUCAGCCCUUUCUCACGAUUAGACUCCUUCCUUCAACAUAACCUCAAUCGUAAUCUGGUGACUAAUCAUCCUACUUUAUAACUAUCGUCCCCCAUAGGCUGAUGAGCGAUUACGAGGUUACGCUUGUUAACGACAACAUGCAAGAGUUCUAUGUGCGAUUCCAUGGACCAAGUGACACUCCAUUUAAUGGCGGUGUUUGGAAAGUACAUGUCGAGCUUCCUGACCAGUAUCCCUACAAAUCUCCUAGUAUUGGCUUCAUGAACAAAAUCUUCCACCCUAAUAUCGAUGAACUCAGCGGGUCGGUUUGCCUGGACGUUAUUAAUCAAACCUGGAGCCCAAUGUUUGAUAUGAUCAACAUCUUUGAGUCUUUCUUGCCUCAAUUGCUUCGAUAUCCAAAUCCAACCGAUCCCUUAAAUGGAGAAGCUGCCGCCUUGAUGAUGCGAGAACCAACUACCUACGAAUCAAAAGUUAAAGAAUAUGUCUCGAGAUAUGCAACCCGUGAAGCUGCUGACGCAGCAACUGAUGAGAGUUCGGAAGAAGAGGAAAUGAGCGACGUUUCUUACUCUGACAGUGAUGAUGAAGCCCCAGGGAUGGAAUUGUAGAAAGAAAGAAAAAAAAAAAAGUUACAGACAAAAAAUAUCAUUCCACUUUGCUAUUUCCCCCACCUCCUAGUCCAACCUUUUUGACCAGUAAACCCCAGAGAAUUUUGUCGUUCUACUGUUCCCUUUCGUUUCAACUUUUCUUUUU